GGCUAUAAUUGCGAGCGCCAGAUGGUGUCGUCGUAAUCCUUGUUUUUUUGUCUGAUUGGCUCUUACUAGGGGACGCAUAGGAGGUAUUCGAGUUUACAGGCCUUAAGCAUUAAGUAGGCCUUGGUUGGGACUGGGAGUUUGUGUUCGUGUGUUAACUAAUAAGACUGUGUUCAAUGCAGCCGACAACGCAACACGCAAGCAAGUAUUCUGACAUAAGCAAUUGCAUGCAGUGCAUUGGAAGAAGUUGAAUAGUCACUACGUGGCAGUUGGAAAUGGAUUUUACCAAUAAAGCAAAUGAUGCUGAAGCUCUGCUACAGUUCCAAGAUUUUGGAAUGGGAAAUACAUCUGGAGGAAAACCGCCACCAUACGAGCAAACACACAACUUUACUGACUAUCCCUCAUCUCAUGUUGACAUUGAUGAGGAUCAAUCUCAAAAUCAAACGCCAAUGGCUCUCACCUCUCAAGAAAACGCUCCAUCUAUGUUAACAUUUGCCUACUACCAGCGGUACUUUGACGUAGACACACCACAGGUUAAAGAACGGUUGGUGUGGUCUUUCAUACCCCGGCCGUCGCGAGACACACUUACGCAUUACAUCCGACCCUCACCCGAUCUUUACGGUCCGCUGUGGAUUUGUGUUACUCUGGUCUUCUGCGUAGCUAUUAUGGGAAAUAUUGCCGAUUAUUUGCAUUCUGGAGGAGAAGGCCAACACUGGAGGUACGAUUUCCGAAAAGUUUCUAUUUCUGCAUCCACAAUCUUCAGCUACGCUCUGCUCUUACCGUUAGUCUUGUGGCUUCUCCUCUGGUGGCGCAGGAAGGAAGGCGACCAAACCCCGCUCGGUUUUAUUGAGAUUGUAUCUCUUUACGGCUAUUCUUUAGCCAUUUACAUCCCAAUAUCCGUGUUGUUGACUAUUCCAUUCCCAAUCCUUCAGUGGACGUUGGUGAUCCUUGGAGCAGCACUUUCCGGUUCAGUUUUGGUUUUGUCUCUGUGGCCACCACUAAGUGCUACAAAGAGAGGAGUGGCCGUAAUUAUUCUUUCUGCGAUCUUGGCAUUCCAUUUUCUAUUAGCUGCAGGACUACAGCUCUACUUUUUUCGCUACACAGACCACGUAGUGGUUGUUUCCGGCAAUAACGAUGGAACAUCUCGUGGUCAUUUAAGGGCCGUUGACAGUUUAGCAUUUGACAAAGUCACGGAAUUGCAACCACUGAGUUUCAUUCGCGAGAUUGAAAAGAACUCGCCGUCCGGCAGUACUAAUGUAGAAACAACUGAUCCAAAGACUACUAGAACACUUGUUCAUCUUUCAGCCGCCCCUUUGGUGACGGGUAUUGAAGGGGAAAAACUAACUCUGGUGCCAGAACGUGUGGCGGUAACUGCUAGUUAUUCCGUGUCCAAGGACGCGAUAGGACACAGUGAAAUACCUAAAAUUAUUACUAAGUCGUCAUAUGGAGAUGGAAGCACAAUCGGCGUUUAACUAAUUGAAUUAUAAUUGUUAAAAAAUUU